AGCCCCGGAAUCACGUCACUGGGUCGGUUCGAAUAGCGCAGAUUUAAUACAGCUGGGACGUAACGCACGCACGCGCGCGCGCGCGCGCACUCACACACAUACACACAGCACGGAGAGUAGCAGCGAUGGCAGCACACACAGGAGGCGUUUGGAAUCCUGCUCUGAUCUCGUGUUGCUUCGUGUAGUGCGUGUGCAUUUUUAUUAGCAAUAAUAAUAAUAAUAAUAAAAACCUUCUGAAUUUGUCUGCGUGUUAACGGGAUUGUGUGCACGCGCCCGUGCACGUCGGAUUUUCUCGCUAUUGGACUGAUGCAGUCUGUCGAUUGCACACGGAUCACCAUCGAGGCGCUUGCGGCUUCGCAAAAUCGCAAAAAACCCGAGAAACCCAUCGUGCAUCUCCAGCACCAGCAGAUAUUCUUCAUCAUUGCGCGACUGGAAGCAUCGCUCUAGCACUGGGAGGAUCCGCGCCAAGGAAAACAGCACACACACGCACGCGCGCACACGCCCGCACGCACUCAGAGGAUGCUCCGUGUGUAAAAAAAACACAACUAAACCAUGGGCAAGGAUCAGGAACUGCUCCAGGCCGUGAAGACCGAGGAUUUAAUCACGGUGCAGAAACUCCUGCAGAGGCCCAAACCCGGCAAAGCAAAGUUGCUCGGUUCUGCCAAGAAGGUGAACGUGAACUUCCAAGACACAGAUGGAUUUUCCGCACUCCACCAUGCUGCCCUCAAUGGAAACCUGGAGCUCAUCUCACUGCUGCUGGAUUCACAGGCCAUGGUGGACAUCAGGGACCAGAAAGGCAUGCGUCCUCUACACUACGCUGCAUGGCAGGGGAAAUCUGAGCCAAUGAAGAUGUUACUAAAAUCAGGCUCUUCAGUUAAUGCACAAUCAGAUGAGGGACAGAUUCCGCUCCAUCUGGCCGCACAGCACGGACACUACGAUGUGUCUGAAAUGUUGCUUCAGCACCAGUCAAACCCAUGCAUAAUGGACAACGCAGGGAAGACGCCGCUGGACCUGGCGUGCGAAUUUGGACGUGUCGGAGUGGUUCAGCUUCUCUUAAGCAGUAACAUGUGCGCUGCUCUACUGGAACCAAAGCCUGGAGACUCGACUGAUCCAAACGGCACCAGUCCACUCCACCUUGCCGCAAAAAACGGACACAUCGACAUUAUUAGGUUAUUGAUCCAGGCUGGCAUUGACAUUAACAGGCAGACUAAAGCAGGCACUGCCCUGCAUGAAGCAGCUCUGUGUGGGAAAACCGAUGUGGUGCGCCUCCUGCUGGAUAGUGGCAUUAAUGCGACAGUCAGGAACACGUACAGCCAGACGGCGCUGGACAUCGUCUACCAGUUCACUGCCACACAAGCUAGCCGAGAGAUUAAACAGAUGCUCCGAGAUGCAUCUGCGGCUCUGCAGGUCAGGGCUCUUAAGGAUUACUGCAACAACUACGACCUGACGAGCCUUAACAUUAAAGCAGGGGACGUCAUCACGGUGUUGGAGCAGCACUCUGAUGGACGGUGGAAAGGCUGCAUCCACGACAACCGAACAGGAAACGAUAGAGUUGGCUACUUCCCUUCUAGCAUAGUGGAGGUGAUUAGCAAGAGGCCUGGUGCAACAGUCAUUUGUACCGAACAGUAUCACACCAUCGCGCCGGCGAGUGUGUGUGUGUCUCCCGCCGUCGCCAUGGUGAACGGAGAGUCGUGUCAUGCCCCGCCACUAUCCAAUCAGCCACUUUUCACUUCCUUUGGCUAUAAAAGUUCACAAAACAACUCGGCCGAGCCGAUCAGCCAGAAAGGUUCUCGCGGGUCAGAUUCCUCCGGAGGGCCACAGGGGGGCAGCACUGAGGAAAUCUGGGUCCUGCGCAAACCUGCAGCAGGUGGGGACCGCAGCAGUGUGAGCAGUUCAAGUAGCGCUCGCUCGUCAGGCAGCGGUCAGAGCAACAUCCUUCAUGCUCAGGCAGAGGGAGUAAAGCUUCUGGCCACAGUUCUCUCUCAGUCAGCAAAGGCUAAAGAGCAUCUGUUGGAGCAGUCCAGAUCUGUGGAUUCACAAAUAACUAGUAAUAAAGCUCUCACUUCCCGCAGUCAGAGUGUGUCCAGCUGUCCUGUCCAUGAGCCGCAGUACACAGAGAGGAAAGGAGAUGAGGGAAAGACCUCAGAGGCCGUUAUUGAAUGGCUGAGCGAAUUUCAGAUGCAAUUCUACGCACCAUACUUCAUCACUGCCGGCUAUGACAUUUACACCAUUAGCAGAAUGACUCCAGAGGAUCUGACAGCUGUUGGUGUGACUAAACCGGGUCACCGCAAGAAAAUGCUCUCAGAGAUCAAUAAGCUCAGUGCCACAGAAUGGACUCUUGACCAAAAACCUGCGAACCUCUGCGAGUGGUUAAACAUGAUUGGACUUAGUCAGUAUCACCAGCUUUUGGUCAAAAACGGCUAUGAAAACAUCGAAUUCAUUACAGACAUCACAUGGGAGGAUCUGCAGGAGAUCGGCAUUACCAAACUCGGCCAUCAGAAGAAGCUCAUGCUUGCUGUAAAGAAGCUAGCUGAAAUCCAGAAAGGCACAGAAAAGCGAAACAUGACCCGUAAAAAAACUCAGGAGCAGACAUCCGUUGAGUGCCUUCCCCCUGAGUGCACUUCUCCCAAACUAAACACCUUCCAGGAGAACGAGCCAAACACUGAGAUUCCGGACGGACCUGAGAAGGAAGCGCGUACUGUUCGCCAGAACAGCGGGGGUGGACAGAGAGGAAGUAUUUCAUCCGUUCAUGCGAAACCUCGCCCGGCUUACUCUCAAGGUCCACCGUAUACCCCGCCCCAGACUCCAACCAAAACGAAGCCCCCUUCAUCACCAAAAAACGGAGUUCCGAAGAUGGACAAACCCACUUCGUCUCCCACUCACAAGAUGCAUCAGGAAGUAGGAGUGAAGGAGGAGGCGCAAAUGGACAUGACAUCACAUUCGGCAGCACCCGUACCUGUGCCUCAGAUUCUCCUGCCCCCGGACAGCAAUGAAUCUGGUAAACAGGAACAGGAAUUUAAAAAGUGCGCGCACAGCCUAAAUCGCUCUGAUGCCGAGCAGGAGCGCAAUGAGGCCGACAUGGCGAACGCAAACACUGUGCAGCGUCGUGUCAGUCGGAGCAAUUCCGUACGCAACCAGAGCGAGAAAAAUAAUGACAAAAAUGUCAAGAACGAAAAAAAUGUUAACCGGGGCAGCCAAUCAUUUGCUCUGAGACAGAAGAAGAAGGGCCCUCCUCCUCCGCCGCCAAAGCGCUCUAGUUCGGCCAUCUCAAGCUCCAGCACGAACCUAAAUGACAUGCCCAAAGACACGGGUACUGGGAACCUUCUAGACGUCAACUACAACCCUAAAAGGCGUGCUAGCGCUGUGGAAACAAGUGUCAGUGUGGAGGUGGGGGGCAGUGGCGCCGUGGAGACAGGAAGUGUGGGCAGCGUCAGGAGCAUCGCCGCCAUGUUGGAGAUGUCAUCUAUCGGGGGAGGAGCAAAAGGGCUUGCCAUGCAAAGAUCUACAGCACAUUAUCUACAGGUGUCUCAAUCAGGAGGUAGGCAAUACGAUGCGAUUGGUUUAGAUGGAGAAGUCGUGAAUCGCCGCAGGACCAUUAGUGGCCCAGUGACAGACCUUGUAGCAGCCGCUAAGAAAAAAUCGCAGCAACACGAGCCAGUACCAGUCCAAACUACAGCACAGGAUGAAAUUCAGGCCAAACCAAUGCCUGAGAACCAGCCUUUUGCUGAGGACAAAAACCUGACAGAUAAAAAAACAAAGCCAAAGCAAAGUGAGGACAGCGCAAAUGCCGUCCACCUCCCACCACAAGAGGAUUCUCCGAACACUGAUGGCUUGAAAAAGAGGUCCUGGAGCUCCAAACCAGCUCAGGACGAAGCCAGAUUUUACCUCACAGAGUCAAACACUGUUAAACGGAGGCCCAAGAUCAAAGAGAAAGAGUCUGAGGAUGAAACGGUGUAUCAGAAUGGAACUGGCACUAUUAAGCGACGUCCGGUUUCAGACGUGACUGUCUCUGAACAGCCCAGAUCAGUGGAAAAGCCAGUGGAGCAUGCCCCUCGGAGGGAGAAAUCAGACCUGGAUGGACAAAUUGCACCUGGUAAAACCGCUAAACCUCCAGUGUCUCCUAAACCCGUCAUCCAUAAUGUGAAGAGACAAGACACUACAGCUGCAGUGACCAAAAAAGCCGCCUUUCCUGGAGCUCCUGGCAGCCCAGGUACUACACAGUGUGGCCCUUUCUCUUGCCCUGUCUUUACCCAAUUAUUUGAAGGGAAGAAAGUUCCUCCGCCGGUUUCUCCGAAACCCACACCUCCACCCACAGCUCCCAAACCGAAUAAAAACAUCAUUCAGAAAGUUGCCGUGACUACGCUGGUGUCGUCCUCCAAUCAGACCAUCAUCAUAACGACCGCCGCGGCCCCGGUCACACCCCCUAACCCAGCAAAAACGCCGACACCACCAGCUCAGAGUCCCCAAACUCCACAGACUCCCAUCACACCCCCCAUCAAACCGCCUCGCUCCUCCAUCGGCGGGGUGUCUAUGGACGCCGGGGGCGGGGCUACACAGACAACAGAGGUCGCCGGGGUGAUCGGUGUGGAUGCGGUGCAUCAGAAGAUCGAGGAAACAAGCGCAUCGCUUGCUGCCGCUCUGCAGGCCGUGGAGGAGAAGAUCCGAGAGGACAGGAAUAAAGACUUGUCCGUCGAGAACAAGAGCACAGUGAGCAUCCUGGACGACAUCGGCAGCAUGUUCGAUGACCUGGCCGAUCAGCUGGACGCCAUGCUGGAGUGAAGAGCACAACGCCAGAAGAGCAACAAAGGGCACAAAUGACCAACAUCCUCCCUCCUUCAUUCUCCUUCAUCUGCCCAUCGCCCACCACUCUCUCUUUCUCUCUCUCUCUCUCUCUCUCUUUCUUUCUCUCUCCUCUUUCUCUUCCUUCUC